UCCGCCCGUGAAGCUGUUCGUUUCUACGUGUUUUCUGCCGCAGUGGGAAUAAAAUUUUUGCAGUUGUUUAUGCAUUUAAUUAAUAAUUUGUGGAAAAAAUUCUACCGGUUUUCAAAUAUUUAAAUUAAAUAAAUAUAUAAUUCAGUAAGAGUGAAUGUGUGAAAUAGUUAUUAAUCUUAUAAGUGCUUAGUUGCGAAAUUGACAAAAAGUGCCGAAAUAACAAUUAUUUAAACUAAAAUAUUAAUUGCAAUAAAAUGGCUGAAGAAAUCGAUCGAAACGAUCCCGAAUUGAAAUAUCUGUCCGUCGAACGGAACCAAUUUAACGAUCCAGCUACUCAAGCGGAGUGGACACAAAAACGUCUUGUCUGGGUUCCACAUGAAAAUCAGGGUUUUGUUGCCGCAAGUAUUAAGCGUGAACAUGGGGACGAAGUUGAAGUAGAGCUCGCCGAAACGGGCAAACGAAUGAUGGUUUUGCGCGAUGACAUACAGAAGAUGAACCCUCCGAAAUUCGACAAAGUCGAAGAUAUGGCAGAACUGACAUGUCUAAACGAGGCUUCAGUUUUGCACAACAUCAAAGACAGAUACUAUUCUGGCUUAAUUUAUACUUAUUCUGGCCUCUUCUGUGUUGUUGUAAACCCUUACAAAAAAUUGCCAAUAUAUACUGAGAAGAUUAUGGAGCGGUAUAAGGGCAUUAAAAGGCAUGAAGUGCCUCCUCAUGUUUUCGCAAUAACCGACACCGCUUAUAGAUCCAUGCUUCAAGAUCGGGAAGACCAAUCUAUUUUAUGUACUGGUGAAUCAGGUGCUGGAAAAACCGAAAAUACGAAAAAAGUUAUACAGUAUUUAGCAUAUGUAGCGGCAUCGAAACCAAAAGGCUCGGGAGCGGGACCUCAUCCGGCUUUGAUUAUUAAUUUGCAAGUAAAUGCGAAGAAAAGUUAUAAAAUCAAAUGUAAUGUCCAUGGUGUAUCUGAUUCUGUUUGUUCUAAGAAAGAAAGUCAAAAAGAGGUGUCUAAAUUGAAUGAAAAUUCCGGAUGCCGUUGUAUAAUGAUUAAGGGGGAACUAGAGCAACAACUAUUGCAAGCCAAUCCCAUUUUGGAGGCUUUUGGAAAUGCCAAGACUGUGAAAAACGAUAAUUCAUCUCGUUUUGGUAAGUUUAUUCGUAUAAACUUCGAUGCAUCGGGCUAUAUAUCGGGUGCGAAUAUCGAGACAUAUCUUUUGGAGAAAUCUCGCGCGAUCCGUCAAGCCAAGGAUGAACGGACCUUCCAUAUUUUUUAUCAAUUACUUGCUGGUGCAUCACCUGAACAACGUGAAAAGUUCAUACUCGAUGACAUCAAAACAUAUCCAUUUCUUUCCAAUGGUAGCCUCCCUGUGCCUGGCGUAGAUGAUUUUGCCGAAUUCCAAGCGACUGUUAAGUCAAUGAACAUCAUGGGCAUGACUAGUGAUGACUUUAAUUCCAUAUUUCGUAUAGUAAGCGCUGUUCUAUUAUUUGGUUGUAUGAAAUUUCGACAGGAACGUAAUAAUGAUCAAGCGACACUUCCCGAUAAUACAGUUGCUCAAAAGAUUGCACAUUUACUAGGUUUGAGCGUGACAGACAUGACUAGAGCGUUCCUAACACCUCGUAUUAAAGUGGGACGUGAUUUCGUUACAAAAGCCCAAACUAAGGAGCAAGUUGAAUUUGCCGUUGAAGCGAUUGCAAAGGCUUGCUACGAACGGAUGUUUAAGUGGUUAGUGAACCGCAUUAAUAGGUCAUUAGAUCGUACCAAACGUCAAGGUGCCUCAUUUAUCGGAAUUCUUGAUAUGGCUGGGUUUGAGAUAUUCGAAUUGAACUCAUUCGAGCAGCUAUGCAUCAAUUACACCAAUGAAAAAUUACAACAGCUCUUCAAUCACACUAUGUUCAUAUUGGAGCAAGAAGAGUAUCAGCGGGAAGGCAUUGAAUGGAAAUUCAUAGAUUUCGGUCUGGAUCUUCAGCCGACUAUUGAUUUAAUAGAUAAGCCUGGCGGUAUAAUGGCAUUACUGGACGAGGAAUGUUGGUUCCCGAAGGCUACUGAUAAAACGUUCGUAGACAAGCUCGUUUCAGCUCAUUCGAUGCACCCGAAAUUUUUGAAAACAGAUUUUCGUGGUGUUGCCGAUUUUGCCAUCGUUCACUAUGCGGGCAAGGUUGAUUACUCGGCAGCAAAAUGGCUAAUGAAAAAUAUGGAUCCGCUAAAUGAAAACAUUGUCUCAUUGUUGCAAGCCUCGCAGGAUCCAUUCGUUGUAAAUAUCUGGAAGGACGCUGAAAUAGUAGGCAUGGCUCAACAAGCUUUAACUGAUACUCAAUUCGGUGCUCGUACUCGUAAGGGAAUGUUCCGAACUGUUUCACAUUUGUAUAAAGAACAACUGGCAAAGCUGAUGGACACACUUCGCAAUACAAAUCCAAACUUUGUUCGUUGCAUUAUACCAAAUCAUGAAAAACGAGCUGGAAAAAUAGACGCGCCUUUGGUGCUAGAUCAGCUUCGCUGUAAUGGUGUAUUAGAGGGAAUACGUAUUUGCCGCCAGGGCUUCCCAAACCGCAUUCCAUUCCAAGAGUUCCGUCAAAGGUACGAGUUGCUCACGCCGAACGUUAUACCAAAAGGUUUCAUGGAUGGUAAAAAGGCAUGCGAGAAAAUGAUUCAGGCCUUGGAAUUGGAUACAAAUCUCUUCCGUGUUGGUCAGUCAAAAAUAUUCUUCCGUGCUGGCGUGUUGGCUCAUCUCGAAGAGGAGCGAGAUUACAAGAUAACAGAUUUGAUUGUAAAUUUCCAAGCGUUCUGUCGCGGCUACCUUGCCCGUCGCAACUAUCAAAAGCGGCUACAACAAUUAAAUGCUAUUCGUAUAAUACAAAGGAAUUGUGCUGCUUACUUAAAGCUACGCAAUUGGCAAUGGUGGCGCUUGUACACAAAAGUAAAGCCGUUGCUAGAAGUGACUAAGCAAGAGGAGAAGCUGGUGCAAAAGGAGGAUGAACUGAAGCAGGUGCGAGAAAAACUGGACGUAUUGGCUAAAAGUACGCAAGAAUUUGAGCGCAAAUAUCAACAAGCACUAGAGGAAAAGACGACUCUAGCUGAACAGCUGCAAGCUGAAAUAGAACUCUGUGCCGAAGCUGAAGAGUCUCGCUCUCGAUUGAUGGCUCGCAAGCAAGAGUUAGAGGAUAUGAUGCAGGAGCUGGAAGCUCGAAUUGAGGAAGAAGAAGAAAGAUCACUUGCACUUGGCUCAGAAAAGAAAAAGUUAGAGCUGAACAUUCAAGAUCUUGAAGAGCAACUGGAAGAGGAAGAGGCGGCUCGACAGAAAUUGCAAUUAGAAAAAGUGCAAUUAGACGCUAAAAUCAAAAAAUAUGAGGAGGAUUUGGCCAUUACUGAUGAUCAAAAUCAGAAGUUGAUAAAAGAGAAAAAAAUAUUGGAGGAACGUGCAAAUGAUCUCUCCCAAACCUUGGCGGAAGAGGAGGAGAAAGCAAAGCAUUUGAGUAAAUUGAAGGCGAAACAUGAAGCCACAAUAGCCGAGUUGGAAGAGAGAAUGCACAAAGACCAGCAGCAACGACAGGAAUCUGAUCGCACGAAGCGUAAAAUUGAGACAGAAGUAGCUGAUUUGAAGGAACAGAUGAAUGAGCGUCGCAUACAAGUAGAAGAUAUGCAACUCCAAUUAGCGAAACGCGAGGAAGAGCUGACGCAAACUCUGAUGCGUAUAGACGAGGAAUCUGCAGCUAAAGCCACCGCACAAAAAGCGCAGCGCGAAUUAGAAUCACAGUUGGCCGAAAUUCAGGAAGACUUAGAAGCAGAAAAGGCUGCACGAGCGAAAGCUGAAAAAAUACGAAGAGAUUUGAGUGAAGAGUUAGAGGCAUUGAAAAACGAGCUCCUGGAUUCAUUAGACACAACAGCUGCUCAGCAAGAGUUACGCUCCAAGCGUGAACAAGAACUAGCAACACUUAAGAAAUCAUUGGAAGAAGAGGCGGUAAAUCAUGAAUCUCUGUUGUCUGAAAUGAGACACAAGCAUUCCCAGGAAUUAAAUGUCAUCAACGAUCAACUCGAGAAUCUGCGUAAAGCAAAAACAGUACUAGAGAAAGCGAAAGGUUCUUUGGAGGCGGAAAAUGCAGAUUUGGCGACAGAGCUGCGUAGUGUCAACAGUUCACGGCAAGAAAAUGAUCGCCGACGAAAACAGGCUGAAUCGCAAAUUGCCGAACUUCAGGCGAAAUUAGCUGAAAUCGAACGCGCUCGAUCGGAACUUCAAGAGAAAUGCACAAAACUGCAGCAAGAAGCUGAAAACAUAACGAAUCAGCUGGAAGAGGCCGAAUUGAAAGCGUCGGCAGCUGUGAAGUCCGCUAGUAAUAUGGAGUCCCAAUUAACUGAGGCACAGCAACUACUCGAGGAAGAGACCCGCCAAAAGUUAUCCCUGAGUUCAAAGCUAAGGCAAUUAGAAUCAGAAAAGGAGGCAUUACAAGAACAAUUGGAAGAGGAUGAGGAGGCGAAGCGUAAUUAUGAGCGUAAAUUAAACGAACUAACAGCUCAAGUACAGGAUAUUAAGAAAAAGGCAGAGGAAGAUGCUGAUUUGGUUAAAGAGUUAGAAGAGAGCAAGAAACGUUUGAAUAAAGAAGUUGAAGGCCUGGAAAGGCAAGUGAAAGAAUUAAUAGCGCAAAAUGAUCGCUUGGAUAAGAGUAAAAAGAAGAUACAAUCCGAACUUGAAGAUACAACUAUCGAGUUGGAAGCACAACGUACAAAGGUGCUUGAACUGGAGAAGAAACAAAAGAACUUCGAUAAAAUACUAGCAGAAGAAAAGGCAAUAUCGGAACAGAUAGCCCAAGAGCGCGAUACCGCUGAACGCGAAGCUCGAGAAAAAGAGACCAAGGUGCUCUCAUUAACUCGUGAACUCGAUGAAGCUUAUGAUAAGAUAGAAGAUCUUGAAAAUAAAAGAAAAGUACUUCAAAAUGAGCUUGAUGAUUUAGCUAACACACAAGGUACUGCCGACAAGAAUGUGCAUGAACUAGAAAAGGCAAAACGAGCGCUUGAGUCUCAACUUGCUGAAUUGAAAUCGCAAAACGAAGAGCUUGAGGAUGAUUUGCAAUUAACGGAAGAUGCCAAACUGCGCUUGGAAGUUAAUAUGCAAGCUAUGCGGUCGCAGUUCGAGCGUGAUUUACAGGCUAAAGAAGAGCAGGCCGAAGAAAAACGUCGUGGACUCAUAAAACAGAUACGUGAUUUAGAGGCCGAAUUAGAUGAAGAACGAAAACAACGGACUGCGGCUGUGGCAGCAAAGAAGAAGCUCGAAGGGGAUCUGAAAGAAAUGGAAACCACCAUGGAAAUGCAUAACAAAGUGAAAGAGGAUGCCUUGAAACAUGCUAAAAAAUUGCAAGGGCAAGUUAAAGACGCUUUGCGUGAUGCUGAAGAAGCAAAGGCAGCAAAAGAGGAGUUGCAAGCUGCAAGUAAAGAAGCUGAGCGCAAAGUGAAAGCACUAGAAGCGGAAGUUCUGCAAUUAACAGAAGAUUUAGCCAGUUCCGAAAGGGCAAGACGCUCUGCAGAAACUGAACGUGAUGAACUCGCUGAAGAAAUUUCAAAUAAUGCCAGUAAAGGUUCCCUUAUGAUUGAUGAGAAGCGUCGAUUAGAGGCACGCAUCGCCACGCUGGAAGAGGAAUUGGAAGAGGAGCAAUCUAGCUCAGAGCUUCUAUUAGAUCGUAGCCGCAAAGCGCAGUUAUCUAUUGAACAGCUUUCAACGGAGUUAGCCAAUGAAAAAUCCAAUUCCCAAAAGAACGAAAAUACUCGGGCGUUACUUGAGAGACAGAACAAGGAGCUUAAAGCCAAACUAACCGAGAUUGAAACGACUCAGCGCACUAAAGUGAAGGCUACAAUUGCAACACUGGAAGCAAAGAUAACUAACCUUGAAGAGCAGUUAGAGAAUGAGGUUAAAGAACGCCUUUUGCAGCAAAAGGCCAACCGAAAAAUGGAUAAGAAAGUUAAAGAGCUUACAAUGAAUAUCGAAGAUGAACGUCGCCAUGCCGAUCAAUACAAGGAACAAAUCGACAAACUCAACAGUCGCAUGAAAUUACUAAAACGAAAUCUUGACGAAACUGAGGAAGAAUUGCAAAAGGAGAAAACGCAAAAACGUAAAUAUCAGCGGGAGUGUGAAGAUAUGAUCGAAAGUCAAGAAGCAAUGAACCGUGAGAUCAACUCAUUAAAAACUAAAUUAAGACGAGCUGGUGGGGGUAUGGGUCUAAGUUCAAGCCGUUUGACUGGCACACCAUCAUCGUCGAAGCGUGGCGAUGAUAGUUCCUCGGUGCAAGAUGAAUCAUUAGACGGCGAAGAUUCGGGCAAUUAAAACAUUCAUUUAAAGUUAAAUUUUGUAUGGAAUCAAUAUAUGAAACGUAAUUUUAAUUUUUGUUAUUUUUUACAAAAUCAAACACUUUGCGGACAAUUGUCUGCAUGAGCUAAAAUGAGAAACAUAUUGGAAAAAGCAACUUCACUCAUAAACAUAAACACAUCGAAAACAUAAAGCAAACAUUGAUAAAUUAAUAGAAACAUUUGUACACUUUUUAUACGCAAUGUCAGUUUUUUACAUGUCCUUUUAAGAAUAGGCGUACAAUCUGCGAAGAUGCAUACAUGCCCAUGUAUUUAAAUACGAAUCAGACUUAAAAAUACACAUAUACAUACAUAAAUAUUAAUUAAUGAUUAUGAAGCACAUCCGAUAUACAAGUAAAUGAAUAUUUACGGAAAAUUGCAUUUAUUCGAUUAAGAGAAAAAUAAAGUUAUAAAAAUAUGGUAACACAGGAUUUGUAAUAUUUGUUGACACGGUACGUAUUCUGUGCACAAGCAUUGUACAAUCGUUAACCGCGUUUGCGAUUUUUCCGAAUACUUCAAUUAUUUACAUGUAACUAUUAUAUAGUACGAUCAUAAGAAAGGUAAUAAAUAAUCUAAAUAUCUGAAUUUAUCCUUAACGUAAUUUGCUUCAUUGCUUACAGUAUAAUUUAUGUUUUUUUUUUUUUUUUUUAGUGAAAAUGAAAUCAUUAAAUUUACUCGUUGGAAUUCAGUAUUCAUAUAUGUACCAAUGUUUAGUAUUCUCCCAUAGUUGUAAAUUGGCAUUUAUAUGCCGUAAAUUCCUUGCCACCUUGGUUAGUGCAUUUCGUAAGAAAUAUUCUUUUAAUCAAUAUGAUCAUUCUGCGCUUAAAAAAAUAAAUUUACUGGAAAAUAUACAACUUUGAAAUUUUUUUUCCAAUUUGUCUGUUUCUACAUAUAAACAAAAUUCAAUCACAAUACAAUUUCAAAAGAAUUUGAAUAAUUGUGCUGAUGUAUAUAUAUUUGGUAAUUACUUACUUUGGGACACUAGAAUCUAUAUAUUUAAAUAUAUAUAUGGGCACAAGUAAUUUGCUAUUUACUAUCAUUCAGAUGCUCCUGCUUAUAACAGUGAGUAUCCUUGAAUAACAAACAAAUAACAUAUAGUAGACAGACAGAAAAUCUGACUGCCCAUGAUUUUUCUAAAUUAAAAAUAAAAAUUCAUAAGUUGUAUCUCAAUAUUAAAAUCCAUGCUUAUGAAACCGCAUUUUAAAAAGCUAAAAAGAAAUACUGGAAAUAAAAUCAAUUUGAAGUUUCUAUUAAAUAAACAUAAGAAUGCAAGUAUAAUUACCAUAAAGCCACCUGCAUUAUACAACAUAUAUGUAGGUAGUUUGUUGUUAAAUUCUGCCAAGUGCCAUUAACAUUAUACUCUUUACUUUUCCUCAUUCUACCUGUUCGUAAAAUUAACUCCACACCGUCCACGAACGAAGUGUACACACUCACAAAUAAACACGUAGAUCCUUUGUGUAAUAUAAAAAGUGGGUUGCAAGUUUUUCUUUCUUUAUAUUGCUGUUACCGUGUCCAUUAUUGUCUCAGAAUUCAUCCAGAGUGUUUGAAAUUUUCAUAUUCAAUUAUAUUAGCAGGUCAAUUGCGACUUCGAUU